UUAGAAGCCUGAACGUCGCUGAAGUGGAUUCGAAGCUUCCACAGAGACAGUCUGUUGAGCAAGCUUUCAGAAGCUGAAUUUCAAAGCUGCUGGCAAAUAAAUAAAGCAAAGUCGUUGAACAACUGCCCAAAACAACUCGGUGACCUCAUGAUCCAUUGGACAAAUGGCGACGUUCUCGUUAUCCAAUCGUGGGGAAGUCCGGAGAGAACGCUCUGUGGAUUGGCUAGAGCAAACAUCUCUUCAGGAAAUUCAUACAAAUGAAAAGGAAGUAGCAGAAAAGGAGGAAGUCACUCUUCACUUGUUGCCAGGUGAACAACUGCUUUGUGAGGCCAGCACAGUCCUGAAGUAUGUGCAGGAAGAUUCCUGUCAGCGUGGCGUCUAUGGGAGACUUGUCUGCACUGACUUCAAGAUUGCCUUCUUGGGGGAUGAAGACUCGGAUAACGGCAGUGAAACUCAGUUUAAGAAUAAGAUUGUAGGAGUAAAUGAUGUUCCACUCCACUGUGUGGAUCAGAUUUAUGGAGUGUUUGAUGAGAAAAAAAAACCUCUGUUCGGACAACUGAAGAAAUACCCAGAGAAGCUUGUUAUCCACUGCAAAGAUCUGCGGGUACUCCAGUUUUGUCUGAGGUACACAAAGGAAGAGGAAGUCAAAAGGAUUGUCUGUGGCAUUGUCCAUCAUACCCAGACUCGUUUACUGCUGAAAAGACUGUUUCUGUUUUCCUAUGCAGCUGCCGUGGAUAGCACAGCCACUGAUCCCAGGAACCACACUGUAAUGUUUGACACACUGAAAGACUGGUGUUGGGAGCUGGAGCGGACCAAGGGUAGUGUGAAGUACAAAACAGUGAGUGUGAAUGAAGACUACAAAGUCUGUGACAGGUUGCCAGCAUACUUUGUUGUCCCUAUUCCCCUUCCUGAAGAGGAUGUACAGCGUUUCCAGGGCCGUGGCAUACCAAUCUGGUGUUGGUCCUGCCACAAUGGAAGUGCCCUUUUGAAAAUGUCAGCACUGCUCAAAGAGCAGGAUGAUGGUGCUUUGCAAGUCCAGAAGACCUUCUUGGACGGAAUUUACAAGACUAUUCACAGGCCACCCUACGAAACUGUUAAAACUGAAGACUUAUCAAGCAGCUUCCUGUCCCUGCAGGAAAUCCAGAGUGCAUACUGUAAAUUUAAGCAGCUGUUUCUGAUAGAUAAUAGUACGGAAUUUUGGGACACAGAUAUAAAAUGGUUUUCUCUCUUAGAAAGCAGCAGCUGGCUUGAUAUAAUCAGACGUUGCCUGAAGAAAGCAAUAGAGAUUGUGGAAUGCCUGGAAGCACAGAACAUGAACGUCCUCCUCUUGGAAGAGAACGCUUCUGACCUCUGCUGCCUCCUCUCCUCUCUGGUGCAAGUGAUGAUGGACCCCCACUGUCGAACCAGGACUGGGUUCCAGAGCCUCAUCCAAAAGGAGUGGAUCAUGGGUGGCCACUCUUUCCUGGACCGCUGUAACCAUCUCCGCCAGAACGACAAAGAGGAGGUCCCUGUGUUCCUGCUUUUCUUAGAUUGUGUCUGGCAGCUGGUGCACCAGCAUCCCCCAGCAUUUGAGUUCACAGAGACUUACCUGACUGUAUUGUCAGAUAGCCUGUAUAUACCUAUUUUUAGUACCUUCUUCUUCAAUUCGCCUCAUCAAAAAGAUACUAACACGGGUAGGAAAAGCCAGGACACACAAAGCAAGCCUUUGACUCUGCUCACCGUGUGGGAUUGGUCAGUACAGUUUGAACCCAAAGCACAGACAUUGCUCAGAAACCCUCUCUAUGUGGAAAAGCCAAAAGUGGACAAAAGCCAGCGGAAAGGAUCACGUUUCAAACAUCAACGACAACUUUCUUUGCCACUUACCCAGUCAAAGUCAUCUCCCAAGAAAGGAUUUUUCAGGGAAGAAACAGAUCAUUUAAUCAAAAACCUUCUAGGCAAGAGAAUUAGUAAACUUAUUAACUCUUCAGACGAGCUCCAGGACAACUCUCGAGAGUUCUAUGACAACUGGCACAGUAAGCCCACAGACUACCAUGGCUUGUUGUUGCCUCACAUUGAGGGGCCGGAAAUCAAGGUGUGGGCCCAGCGCUACUUACGCUGGAUUCCAGAAGCCCAAAUCCUGGGUGGUGGCAGAGUAGCCACUAUGAGCAAACUCUUGGAAAUGAUGGAGGAAGUGCAGAGCUUACAGGAGAAAAUUGAAGCGAGGCAUCACAGACAGGAGGCUGUCCACGCACAGGCGCCGUGCUUGCUCAGGAACUCUGCCCGCCUGUCCUCCUUGUUCCCUUUUGCGAUGUUCCAGCGACAUUCAGCCAAGCCUGUCUUACCUACCAGUGGCUGGAAAGCUUUGGGAGGUGAAGAUGAUCUGGCCAAACGAGAAGAUGAGUUUGUGGACCUAGGGGACGUGUGACCUGUCUCCUCAGGCACUGGAAGAGGCAUGCGUAGGGUGGGGCAGUUGUUCCCUGCACUGAUGUCCCAGUGUUAAGCCAAUGCUGUGCAGGAGAGAGCAGAGGCUUUUGGGAAGAGAGCUGGUUCUCCUUUUCUUUCACAGUUCUGAACGACUGCAAUUAAAGCCGUGCCUCUGGUAUUCUUAGGAAGGAGUUCCUUCUUGACUGUCAUAGGAUUGGGUCGUUUUUUGACACCUGUAUAAUAUGUACACAAGAUGGCUCAUGGCCAGGUUGCUGUGAGAGCUUCCUCCUCCUAUUUUUUUCUGUGCCAAGAUAAUUGCAUAGCCACUGGGAGCAAGAGCAAAUGCAGCUGUAUGUGCGGUCUGUAGUGGAGAGACAGAGGUAUUAAGAGAUGUGCUUUGUCUUCAACCAUGGCAUAUUCUAACAUGUGCGCACACACACACAUCAUAAAAAAGCUGGAAAAUUCUGCUGGUGUCAUUCAUCCUAACAUUCAGUCCCUCCUUCCUGGACUGUAACAAGGCACAGGAGUGGUGGCAGCCACCUACCCUUUUUCUUUCGCUGCCAUUCCCAUGUUAACCUAUUCCUGCUCCAUGCCAUUCUGCAUGUCACCUUGGUGCACCUUGUCCCAGUGUCUUGCUGCUGACCUUUUGAUUAAAGUUGGGGCUAUUCCUCUGUCUUCCCAAAGAGGAACCUACAUUCCCUUGGAGCCUGUCAGUUUUGAACACAUAUUUGGCCCUCUCCUUGAAUACCACGGCACCCAGGCUGUGCCUCUCUGCAGCUCCUCAGCUGCUCCCCUUGCCUUUCCCAUUACCUUCUCAGAUGCUGGGGUAGGCAGUUCACUUUUGAAUGUGGCUUUCACAGGAAAGCAAGUGUAAGUGUCAGAAGCAGUUAUCACGGGAUGCCUCAGUAAACUUAAAAAGCCAUAGAGGAAACUCAGCUCUGCCUGGUCACCUUGGAUCUGCUGUUUUAAAGAUAUAUAUCUAUUUUUUUAAUAUUUGAAACUAUAAUUUGUAAGGAUCAAUUCUGUCAUUCUCAAUGGAACCCUGUCCAAUCCCACAAAGGGCACAGAGCAUGGGGAGUGGGAGGGAGGCAAGGGCCUCAUUCGAGAAUGCCUCAAGUGUUUGCCUUUUAUCUACAUUGCUGUUCAGGAGAGAUCCUGUUGAAGAAAUCUCCCUGUUGCUCAUGGGCAAUAAGGCAUUUUGAAGCUUCACAAAGAAUUCUUUCUGAUUUGCACUGAAUCAUCUUUUGUACAUAUGGUCAUUUUUCCUCUUCUCCACAGUAAUGCACAAGCCAGGUUGGCGUGCGGAGACGGCCUGUUGAGUGGAGGUCAGGAUUUGUGUUUCUGGGGCCAAAUGCACUCAGUCUUGGUUGCCUUAAGAGUCUUUCAGGGCAGGUCCGUGCUCGGCUUGCCAUAAGAGUUUUUAGAAUUUGCCAGUUCCUUAGCUCCCUUUACUGCAUUCUUUGAGCUCUCCACACUAACCGCCACUUCCUCUCUGCCUCUGCUUCCCAAGUCCUCAGCAGAGAUAACUAUUUUUGUUACCGUAUUAUAACGUGAAUAUUUAUAUGGUAGCCUCUAUGUCUUAGUGAUUUCCUUUCCAAAAAUGCCCCUUAUGAUGUUUUAUACUUCACAAGGUAUGGUUUAAAGGCACAAGGUCAUGGCCCUUGUUAUAGCAGUUGAAUGUGCAUUGGAAUAUUUUUCUAUGUUUUUUUUUAAGAUCACAAUAGAAAAAGUAAGCAAGCUGUUGUAACCGUAUGCUUAUGACAGUUUAUGUAUUUAUAUUUGAAACCAGAUUUCUAUAACUUGUAUUUGUGUACAGAACUUUCCGUGGGUUUAUAUAUUGUGAAUUUUUAUCCAAGAUUGAGAUGUGGAUUAUGCAUAACAUUAAAAACUAAGAUAAGACCAUCUGUUUAAAGUGCAAGUUUGGAAGUGUAUAUUAAUAACUUACUGUAUCUAAUACCUCUAAGUUUUUACACUGAAGAAAAACUACCUUUAAUUAAAGUCAAAAAAUUUAAGGGAAUAAGCUAUUCGGCUGAGGCAGUAUAAAUGUGCGGUUUGUUUUCUGGGUGUUAAUGGAAGUUUGUACUCAUGUCUCAUUGCGUUGUAGCCGAGUGCAGAGAUUAAAGCACAACUUCCAAGCAGCACUGUGA